AUGUACUCAGCACAAUAGAUGUCUAAAUUUUCUAGUACGUACUCUACCAAUUACAAUGCCAGUACAAGACGAUAUGUUUCAAGUGCCAAAACUUCACCAAUGACGGGUCCACUCUAAAAAUUAAUUGAAACUGACAAUGAGGCAUUUUCAAAGAGAGACAAGAAUCAAAAAGUACCUAUUAAAUUCAAUAUAUCAGCAUCUCUUAUAAGAAAUCCUCUACACCAAUAACACAACCAAAAUAUAGAAAAUGAUCUCUACAUUCAUUUAACAUGAUCUCAACAUCGAUAAUUUAUCACAAUAAGAACUACUUAAUCUCAUUCUUAAAGUAUAUUAGCUAAACCUCUAUGAAGAAAUCAAUUUUAUUAAUAUUCUUUUUGAUGCAUAUACUGAAAAACAACACAAAGAUGUUCUAAAAUAUCUAAUAUUGCACUGCCAUGAAUAAUUAAUUGGUAAAUCUGGAAAUGCAACACGUUUAUUAGAGAUAUUCUAAGAAAUGUUAACUCUAAAUCCUGAUUUUACUUCAUUUCAAUUAGAAUAUCAAUUGGAUUCAAUUUCAGUCUCAUAUAAUCGCAUUCAAUUACGUUGUAUGUUUCUACUUAAUCAAUAUGAUAUAUUGCGUUCUUUAAAAGGAGCUGUAGUAUUGUUUGAACAAUUAGAAGGCUUUAUAUUUUAGUAAUUUAAGUCCAACUCUAUACCAACCUAAAGUGAUAUCAGUACAUUAGUUAUUGCAUAUAUUUUAUUGAGCGAGUAAUUAGAAUUAUCGAGUCGAAUUGGUUUAAGUAAGUAGGCUUUAGAAAUAAUUGGAAAACCUAAUGAUUCAUCAAUUACUGAUCUGAAAAGAAAGUUCAUUUAUAAUGCUUCUAAAUUAUCUCAAAAAUAUUUAGGUCAAAUGAUUUUUGAAUAAAUUAAUGGAUUGCAUCGAAAAAUGAGUCCUGAUCUUAAUCGUUCGUAAAUGGUUUCAUAAGAAGCACUAAUACAUUAAUUUUUAUUAGACUCACUGGACAUGUUAUACCUCAAAAAUUAUAAAGAGAUGUUUGAUAUAGACCGUUUAUCUACUAAUCUAAUAACGUAACCAUAUAUUUACACACUUAUGGAAAGGUAUUAAAAUUUUAUUUAUUAUUAGAAUAUUACCUGAAAGUAAAAAAAAGGAGAAAGUUUUGUCUAUUUUUAGUGAUGAUCCUAUUCGACCUAGCUCAGGUAAGCAAUUUUAAAUUAAAUAAAUAAAAAAUGAUCUUAAUAGCCCAAAUUAAAGCAAGUUUAAAUAAUAAAAUUUUAAUGUUCUUUCCAAUAAUAAUUCUUAAACUCAAAUACCUGCUAACACAGCUACUAAACCUUUAACAAAUAGACCUCCUCUUAAUUAAUAAUUAUCAUCUGGAUCAUUACAUUCAUCUGGUAAAAUUAAUUAAUUUGAUUCUUAAGAAUUUGAAAUUAUUUAAAAUAAAUUAGUUGUCUAAUAAAGAGAACUAGAUGAAUUAAAAUAACUAUAUACUCAAUAAUAAACAACAAAAAAAUAAGAACCUGAAAAUAAUUAAUUAUCAGAAUAAUUGAAGAAAAAAAUAGAUCUAUUGGAAAAUAAUCUAUUUUAAAUUAAAAAUGAAAAUUCAAAUAAUAAAAAAGAAAAAGAAUAAAAAUAAAGUGAAGUAAUUGAAUUAAAAACAUAGUUAUAAGAUUUGAUCUCUAAACAAUCUUAAUUAGAGAAAUUAUUGCAAUCUCAAUCUUAAUAGUAAUAAAUGAUAAUAUAUUAAUAAAACCUUUUAUAAUAAUAAGCUGCUUAAACUACAUAGGCUUUAAAUUAAUAGGAAUCAAAACCAAUAACAUAGACAGCAGCAAUGAAUAUUCAAAUACCACCAAAAGUAGUUUAAAAGGAAUAAAUUUUUAAUCAUUUUCCAGAUGAAGAUUUUAUUUAAAUGGAUGACACAACUCCAUAUGCAUAUAAACAGAACUAAAGUUAUAUUAUACAAUUACUUGAAAUGCUUGAUACAAAUGUAACAUUUUCUAAGAUGUAUACAAAAUAUUAAUCAACAUCAUAAGAUGAAAACAAUCAAUGGAAUUGUGAUUUUUAGAAUAUUGCAAAUUAUAGAGUAGAAGCAUGUGUAAUUGAAAAUAAAGAUGAGGGUAAAUCUAUAAUUCUUAGAGCAUUUGACGAUAAAAAUUCAAUGAUAUGUUAAGAAAAUAUAAAUUUAGAAUUGUUAAAAGGUUUAAUAACUUAUGUAGAUUUUUAAGAAAUGCUACCAACUAAUUAACCUAGCAUUAAUACAACUCAUUAAUUCUUUAAAUUUCUGGUAUUACCAUAUACUGCAGUUGUUCCAGAUGAAAUAACACAAGAGAUGAAAUUAUAGUUCUGGCCUAAACCAUAUGGAUUAUUGAAUGGAUUGACCCUAAGAAUUGAUUUUAUGGAUACUAAUUGUCUAAUUUAUAUUUAUCAUAUUGAAACUGAUUAAUUUAGGAUAUCCAUAUGUGAUCCAAUAAGUAAGGAUACUUUAAGAUUGGAUUUAGAAUUAGAUUAUUCAACUAUGGAUGCUUUUUUUAAAGAUGCUAAAACAAUUAAAGAUUAAUAUGCAUUCUUUAGUAAAACUACAUUACUUAAGAUGACUGAAAAGACUCCUAAAUUUGGUGAUGAUGAUGUAGCUGAAGCAUUAUAAGAAAGACAUUUUGAUAAAAAUAAAGUUAGAUAGGUAAAUUAAUCAAUAUCAUUAAAUGAAACAUUUAUGACUGAAAAUAUAAUAUUAAAAAAUCCUUUAGAAUUUCUCAAAUAUUUAAAGAAUAUUGUAAUAUCUUUUGAAUAAUUUUUGAAAUCUUUAGGUAUUUCAUUCUCGAAUACUUUAUUUGGAUAAAAAUAUUUUAGAUGUAAAAGUUGGAAUACAGGAACUAAGAAUUAAUUAUAAUUAGUAAUUGAUAAUCAGGAACAAUAAGUAGUUUAAAUAUGUUUACAUAAUUGUUUUGAAACUUUUGGUCCAAACAAAACUAAGAUUAAAGCGAAAGGAUAAACAAAACUUCCUUAUUCAUCAAUUUAAAGAGAAUUCUCAGUAAAAUAUGAUAGUUUAGCAACAGAAGAAAAGAUUGUAAUAUUUUAAUAAAUUCUAUAUUCAUUUAAUCUAAAUGUUUUUGAAAAAGCAUGUGAGUAAAGUUAAGAAUAAUUUGAUAAGAAUCCUAUCAUUCAAAAUUCUUAUGAUUGUGGUUCUUAUAAAAGGUACUUUCUAUUUAUUAAAUUUAUAGGAUGAUUUUAUAUGAUAAUAAUAAAAUAUCUGUAGUUACUAUUUCAGUAAUUGGUGCAAAUAGAAGAAUGUGUGGAGUUAAAUUCUCAGUUUUUGAUGUUUAGACAACACAAGAAAUAGGUGUUUAUUUACCAACAUCAUAAGGUGAAUGGGAUUUAAGAUCUUUGGAUAAAUAAAAAAUUAAAUCAUCUGUAGAAAAUGUCCCUUUUGCUGAAUUUUUCCUUACUUAAAUUCUUAAAUGUCCAAUCACCACAUAAGUAAUCCUUUUUUAAAUUCUAGAUUCUAUUUAAGAAAAUAUUAAAAGUGGAUACCAAAAAUAAUUAGAUCAAUAGUAAUGAAAUUAAUAAUCGAAAGGCUUUUAUUGAGAGAAUAGAUAAUCUAAUAACAUGGUAAGAAGUAUUAGCUGCUUCUUUAAAUUGA